AUGACAACAUUCUCAAAUCUCUCCAAAGCUUCGGACAUGGCAUUUCUCCGGAGACCGAAUAGGGAAAUGGAAAUCGAACAAGCAUUGAUGCCCGACGAGGAAGAGGAGCACGAAAGAACACCCCGGGAAGGAUCGGCAGGGUGGAGGAGCGAAUGGCGAAGUAUUGCCCUCUUAGUUUUCUUAUACGUCUUGCAAGGUAUUCCUCUUGGAAUGGGGUCGGCUUUCAUAAUGUUCCUGCAGAACCGUAAAAUAUCGUAUGCCCAGCAAGCUCUCUUCAGCAUGGUGACUUGGCCCUUCAGCAUGAAGGUCCUGUGGGCCCCGAUCGUUGACAGUUUGCACUUGAGAUCAUUCGGCAGGCGGAAAUCAUGGCUCGUACCUGUGCAGUACAUGAUUGGUACAUUUCUCAUUGUCCUUUCGACGAGACUGGACAUUUGGUUCUCCGACGAGCACUCCGCACCCGAUGUGCAAACUCUCACCAAAGUCUUUUUCGCUCUGAACUUCUUGGCGGCUACACAAGAUAUCGCUGUGGACGGCUGGGCUCUGACAAUGCUAUCAAGGCGCAAUGUCGGGCACGCAUCAACGUGCAACACUGUUGGUCAGACCGCUGGCUACUUCCUGGGUCAUGUUGUGUUCCUGGCCCUCGAGUCGAAGGAUUUCGCGAACACGUACAUUUAUUCAACUCCUCAGCCCACAGGACUCGUGACCAUGUCUGGAUACUUGCGCUUCUGGGCGUAUGUUUUCUUCAUUGCGACGACUCUUGUCGCCAUUUUCAAACGCGAACAAGAAACCCAAGACGAUGAGGAUAUGGACAUCGAGGAAAGCUAUCGAUUUACCUUCCGAAUAUUUUUCCUCCCCCCCGUGAUGCUCUUAUCGGCGUUCCUCAUGACAGCGAAAAUUGGUUUCGGCAUCGCAGACGGCGCUACGGCGCUGAAGCUCAUCGAGGCCGGGGUCCAGAAGGAGAAUCUAGCCUUACUCUCGAUUCCGAUGGUGCCUCUCCAAAUAGCGCUCCCCUUCUUCAUCUCACGCCAUGUAGCAGGGGAUCGUCCACUCGACGUGUUCAUCAAGGCUUAUCCUCUGAGACUGGUGUUUGGCUUGAUCCUGGCUGCGGUUGUGCAAUGGACGCACUCAUUCCUGGGAUACUUCCCGUUGUAUUACUACGUCGUUAUCGUGGCCAUCUACGCAUGCCAUCAAGUCCUGGUCAACGCCUGCUUUGUGUCUCUGAUGGCAUUUUUCGCGAGAAUCUCCGAUCCCUCAAUGGGUGGAACGUACAUGACACUGUUGAACACCUUGAGCAACUUCGGCGGAAACUGGCCGAUGACGUUCUCGAUGUGGCUCCUCGAUUUCAUGAGCACAAGGGAGUGCUCAUUGACCGGCGUGAGGUGCAAUUCUGAAUCCGCUGAAAAGGAAUGCUUGAAGACCGGCGGAGCUUGUGAGACUGUGAUCGAUGGUUUCUACAUAGAGUCGAUGAUAUUCGUCAUAAUAGGAUUUGUUUGGCUCUAUGGCUUUGGGAAGCAAGCAGCACAGAAACUUCAAAGGCUGUCGCCAUCGGAUUGGGCCGUUCCCAGAUGA